CUCCAAAUUCAUGUCUACGAGUUGCUCGAGCAGCCGCACAGUUCUGCGGCCGCCCGGCGCAUCUCGAUUUUGAUGCUAGGCCUGAUCAUCGCGUCCAUUCUCGGGUUCGUGCUCGAAACCGACCCGACAUUGUAUCAAUACCGGACAUUUUUUCUGGUGUUGGAAGUCGUCACUACGACGGGCUUUGUGCUGGAAUACUGUGGAAGAUUGUUUGCAUGUACGGCCGAACUGGAUGAUGCGACGAAGUCCGAAGAAGUGCACCGAAACACCGCGGCAACAUCCGCGCAUGGUGAUGCGAGAGUCGUGUCUUCUGGGGAUUCAGCAGGGGGAGAUUCACCCGACCUCGUGGUUACGGAUGAAGAAGAUGAAAUCGAUGCGAUUCGACCUCAUUCGCAAGAAUUGAGCAGCGUUGCGAAAAGCACUAGCCAGAGCAGAGCUAGGUCCAGCCUCGCUCUCCACUCCCUUCUCUCCUCUGUCACCUACCGUCUGAAGUGGAUGUUCCUCAGACCGCUGAACAUUGCCGAUUUGCUCGCGAUUCUCCCGCUCUUCUUUACCCUUUUCCUGCAUAACCGCAACUCCUCCAGUUCCGGGACCUCCGUUCUCCGCAUCCUUCGCGUCGCCCGGCUAUUCCGAAUUUUCCGACUCUUCCGCCUCUCCAAAUACAACACCGGGUUCCGCGUGCUGGCCCAAACCCUGCUGAACUCCCUCCCGGCGCUCCAAAUCCUGCUGUUCUUUGUCGGGUUGGGGAUGGUUUUGUUCGGCUCGCUCGUCUUCUACGCGGAACUUUUCGAGUGUCCGACCUUCUCCGUCACACAAGAUGUGGACCGCUUUCGUCUCUACACCAGCCAAUGUCUGGAGACGAACGGUUUGUCGGGCGGGAUCGUCAGCGAGAUGCAGGUGACGGCGGCGUCCGCGGGAAGUCCAAGUCCGCAAAGCCAGCACGUGGUCGACACAAUCGGGAAACCCUGGUCCAUGUGCUGUCGGUAUAGCUGCAACGACCCGAAUUCCCCUCUGUGCGAUUUUUCCUUCUACAAACAGCGCCAGGAGUAUUUGAAGCGGAAAGGAAAGCCGCAUUAUUUGGACAGUUUGUACACGGAAAUCCGCAUUUUACAACCUUUAUACGCGGUCCGCUUUCCGAGUAUUUUACGCGCGUUCUGGUGGACGAUCGUCACCAUGACUACGGUCGGGUACGGGGAUGUGGUGCCGCAGUCGGUCCCGGGUCGCAUGGUCGGCUGGUUGAGCAUGGUGACGGGCAUUUUUCUGAUCGCAUUGCCCGUGGCGAUCAUCGGCAGCAACUUUCACGAGUGCAUGCAAGACCAGGAGGACAGC